AUGAUCUUUCAUACAUAUGGUUCAGCUUAUGAGGACUUGAACAUAUCUCAACAAAAGAUGCUAGCAUCUCAAUUGUCCCAGAAGCAGCCUUAUCAGUCAUGGUUGAAAUUUGAUAAGCCACUUGAGGCCCAAGCACAUCCAUAUGAGUCAUGCAAUCAAAAUAUAGGACAAAAUGCAGCUGUGCAGCCUCAACUUCCAUCACAACAAUUGCAAAGGGUUCAUCUUGAUGCUUCAAAAUGUUGCAAAUUUGUUGAAAAUUCAAGUGAUGUGUUGUGGCUUAGUCGGGCACAUAAAGUUUUAUGUUUAUAUACCAAUUACCAGAGAUCAUCCUCGGCAUCCAAGGGGGACAGUCAAAUAAAAAUUCCCUUUGUGAGUUUUAUGCACUUGAAUAUUUGCAGUUGCAGUGUAUGUGACUGUGGCUUGUAUAGUUCACUUGUAUCCCAUUUUGAUAACUGUCAUGAUUCUGGUUGUCGCAUUUGUGGACCUGUUCGAAGGUUAUCUGUCACUGAUAUAAGUAACCUCAGUAUUGUACAAGCUUGUCGUUGGGGAGAUUGUGCUAGGGUGAGCUCCAACAGUUCUGAAGAAAUACCACGUCCGUUGAAACGAUUGAAGAAGUUGGAAAUUCAAUAUUCAUUUGAAAAUGGUAUUUCUUGUGCACAGGCUCCUUCACAGGCUCCUUCAGUGUAUCAGCCCUUUGCUCCUGAUCAACUUCCACACUUGCGCCAAAGGCUUAAAUAUCCUGUAUCUUUUGAUUCUGAACUUAAUAGGAUGAACACAAACCUGUUAAGAAGAAGCCCUCUGCAUACAAGCAGUAGUGAGAAUAGCAAUGAUGUCACUCAUACUUCUGAGAGACAGAAUAAUGAGUUUGCAUCCAAUUCCCAUGAAGUGGUCAUUGUUGAUCAUGAACCAGAGCAGAUAAAGCUUACAAGCAUUAGUGAGAUCAGAAAAAAAGUCCCAGACGAUUCUUCUACAUUGUCUUCUUCAAAUUUGCCUGUUCCUUCUAAAGAGCUCAUUGUUCAUAAAGCAGAGGCUUUACAAGUCAGGACCAAGUUCAAUGAGUCUGCAGCAGUUUCAAGAACUGAACCUAUAGCACAAGCAACUGAUUGUGACUCAGGAAUUAACUCAGAGAAAUCAAUUAAGAAACCUGUCUCUAUUAUUGAAUUUUUCACAGCCAAGCAGCUAAAGGAACAUAUGUUGAGUCUUGGACAGUGUGCUGAACAGGAAGUAAAAGAAAACACGAUGACACAUGCUGCAAGGGAAAACUUGUGUCAGUUGUGCGGCAUGGAGAAUCUUUCAUUUGCAGCAGCACCAAUAUAUUGUUCACGCUGUGAUGGCCGUAUCAAGCCCAGGGUGACUUAUUACUGUGCUCCAAAUGGUAAUGGUACAAGUUAUUGCUUCUGCACCUCAUGCUAUAAGAAGGCCAGACGUGAUAUUAUAGCACUAGAUGGGACUGUUAUCACCAAGACAGUGCUGGAUAAGAAACAGAAUGAUCAAGAAAAUGAUGAACCGUGGGUUCAAUGCGAUAGAUGUGAUGAGUGGCAGCACCAGAUAUGUGCUCUCUUCAAUGAUAAAACAGAUUUGGAGGGAAAAGAAGAGUUCAUUUGCCCAAAAUGCUACUUGAAGGAAAUGGAUACAGGGAAGCAAAGUCCCCUAUCAUCAGGUGUUGGUUUUGCCGCAAAAGAUCUUCCAAGAUCAAAGCUCAGUGAUCACAUAGAGAAGCGGCUUUUUUGGCGUCUCAAGAAAGAGAGAAAAGAGAGGGCAAAGAUGGAAGGGAAGAACAUUGACGAGGUACCUAGAGUAGAAGAUAUCGUUGUUAGAGUGGUUUUAUCCAUUAACAAACAGCUGAAAGUGGGGAAGCGGCUCCAAGAUAUCUUUCAUAGCGUGAAUUAUCCAUCUGAAUUCCCAUACAGAUCAAAGGUGAUUCUCAUGUUUCAGAAGAUUGAAGGCGUAGAUGUGUGUCUUUUAGCAAUGUUCGUCCAGGAGUUUGGUUCUGAAUGUCAUCACCCAAAUCAGCGCUGUGUUUAUAUUUCAUAUCUUGAUUCUGUCAAGUACUUCAGGCCAGAGACAAAAACAGUUACUGGAGAAGCUCUUCGUACCUUCGUUUACCAUGAAAUAUUGAUAGGGUACCUUGAUUACUGCAAGAAACGAGGUUUUGCAAGCUGCUUUUUAUGGGCUUGUCCUCCAUUAAAGGGAGACGACUAUAUUCUGUAUUGUCAUCCAGAGAUUCAGAAAACACCAAAGUCUGAUAAGCUGCGGCAGUGGUAUAAGUCAAUGCUGAGAAAAGCAGAAAUAGGAAAAGUCAUUGCGAACUUCACUAAUUUAUAUGACCAAUUCUUCGUACCCUCUGAGGAUUGCGACACCAAGGUAACUGCAUCUCGGUUGCCACUUUUCGAUGGAGACUAUUGGGCAGGGGUUGCAGAAGAUAUGAUCAGGAAUAUUGAAGAAGAAAGUGGAGAAGGGUUGCAGAAAAAGAUGAAGAAACUACUAUCGAACAGAAGUUUAAAAGCCAUGGCACAGACCUACCAAUCUGAUGAAGCUGCCAAAGAUAUUCUACUGAUGCAGAAGUUGGGGCAAACCAUAUUACCAAUGAAGGAAGAUUUUAUCGUGGUUCACUUGCAAUUUGUUUGCACACAUUGCCAUGAAGUGAUACUAUCUGGAAGCCAAUGGCGCUGCAAUCAAUGCAAGAAUUUUCUGCUGUGCCAAAGUUGCCAUAACUCUGAGCACGGCCACAAUCAGACAAAUGCACAUGUUUCCAACAGCAAGGGAAAGCAUAUUAUCUCUGAGGUUUUGGUGAAGGAUCUUCCUUUUGAUACAGAGGAUGAUGAUAUUUGUAUAGACAAUGUUUUCUUUAAUAAUAGACAAGCUUUCCUGAGCUUUUGUCAAGAAAACCACUAUCAAUUUGAUACACUGCGGCGAGCGAAGCAUUCAUCUAUGAUGAUUCUAUAUCAUCUUCAUCAGUCAUCUGGGCUAUCUGUUAGGGUCACGGAGAGUAAAGAGACCAAGCAGAGAAAAAAAGAAAUGGUAAGGGAAUUGUUGAAUAUCGCACUGCAUUCGUCUCAAUGUUCGGCAGCUCUGAGUCGCCCGUGUUCGUACCCAUGUUGCCUUCAAAUUAAAAAGCUGUUCCACCAUGCACGUAAAUGCAGCGUUCGAGUUGCUGGGGGUUGUCAACCCUGUAAGAAGGCCUGGUUGAUACUGAUUCUGCACUCCAAAUAUUGUAGGAGUUCAGACUGUAAAGUUCCACGAUGCAGUGAUCUGAAAAGAGAAGCAGCAUCACGUCGUGAAAAGCUAAGAUGA